AUGUCGUUAUGUGUCGUCAGACUGCUCGCUGUGCUCAGUAUUGCCUUAGCCGCUACGUGCGCAGCUGCGCAGACGAUUGACUCUUCACAACUUCCCGCGUUGGCGGACCUGCAGGCGGCUUUUGGGCUUAAUUACUCCUCGUGGGGGGAAGGCGGAGAUUGCUACAAGGCGAGCUUUCUGCGAUGCGACAGCGACGGCAUGAUAACAGAAAUCAAUCUGGGAGCGAGCGGCCUUCUCGGCUCUCUUCCUGAAACUAUCAGCGGACUAGUGAAUCUCACCAGCAUUGAUCUGAGCGCCAACGGGCUGACAGGGCCGAUUCCUUCCACUAUAGGCGCACUCGCUAAGCUGAAACGGAUGCAGCUGGACAAGAACACGUUCGAGGGCAACCUCCCCGUGUCCGUGGGCAGGCUCACAAAUCUCACGUCCCUGGAUCUGGCAGCCAAUCACUUCACUGGAUCUAUACCUGCCGAACUGGGCAACCUCAUCAACCUGCAGUACCUGCAACUGAACGACAACUAUCUCACGGGCUCCAUCCCAGCCUCCUUCUCUCAACUCGACCAACUGCAAUGGCUGCAACUGGGCAACAACCAGCUCUCGGGCCCGCUGCCUGCUGGAUUCGUCGCCUUCCCCAGUCUCACUGGCCUUUGGAUUGACAUGCAGCACACGUGCCCGCCGGACAACACCGGCUGUGGGCAGACCCGCCCCUUCCGCAACAACACCUUCUGCCUGCAGACCUGCCCUUCCUUCUGUGACACAUGCAUUCCCAGGAAGCUUCCCACCCCUCCUCCCAACACCACCACCACCAUUGGCACCAGUACUGGUGCUCGUGUGAACGCAACUGGCGCUCCUGUUGCUCUGCCUCCUCCUUCCGCUCCUGCGGCAGCUUCUACACCUAAGGGGGCAUCGGGUGAUACUAUCAGAUCCAGCAGCAGCUUAGUGCUCUUGUUAGCUCUUGUCCUACUGGCGCUCCUGUGA